UGCGAGGAUUCUGGAGAAAUUGCGUUGUUUCGGUUAAGCAUGGCGAACAUAAUGAACUCGAAUGUUAUGCCUCCUCUCACGGCCCAAGAAAGGGCCCAGAGGUCUGUGUUUGUGGGAAACAUUCCAUAUGAAGCUACAGAAGAACAACUUAAAGAGAUAUUCAUACAGGCAGGACCUGUUGUCAGUUUUAGGUUGGUGUAUGACAGAGAAACAGGCAAACCUAAAGGUUAUGGCUUCUGUGAAUAUCAAGACACAGAGACGGCGCAGAGUGCCAUGCGUAACCUGAAUAACACAGAAUUCAACGGAAGACCCCUCAGAGUGGGUGUGGCUGCAGGAGAAACUAGCAAAGAUGAAUUAAAAAAUAUGCAGCUUGCUCUUGGUGGUGCACCAGUGGAGAGCCCCUUUGGUGAUCCCGUUUCUCCAGAUCAAGCACCAGAGGCUAUAUCAAGAGCAGUGGCUAGUUUACCUCCAGAGCAGAUGUUUGAGCUCAUGAAACAGAUGAAGUUGUGCAUCCAGAACAAUCCAAACGAAGCAAGAAACAUGCUGCUACAGAACCCACAGCUGGCCUAUGCUUUGCUCCAAGCUCAGAUUGUCAUGAAAAUUGUCGACCCUCAAGUUGCUAUGGCCAUGUUGCACAGGGAAACCCACCAGGUGCCACCAGUGGUCCCAGGACAGCCUGCAUCCCAGGCACAACCUGCACAGCCAGUGGCAUCUACCGCAGUGCCCCUAGGAACCCAGUCCAUUGCCCCAUCACAAGUCCCAGGCUCAGUACCAGGUUUACUGGCAGGUGGGCCUGGGGGUCUGCUGAACAUGGUGACCAGCCAGGGAAAUAUGGCUCCAGUAGCCAGCCAAGGUCUUAAUAUUCCACAGGUAUCACAGCCAGGCCCAGGUAGGGGGAUGCAUGAUAUUCCAUCACGUGGACCAGGACCCAUGGGUGUCCCAGGCCCUGGUGGCAUGGAUGUUGGGCAUCAGAGAGGCAUGCGACCCCAGGGUCCAGGGGGGCCUGGUCCAGCACGGCCAGAAAUGAGAGAUCCACGGUCCAUAGGGGGUGCAAUGGACCCCAGGUCACUUGGAGGCGCUGGAGAUCCAAGAGACCCCAGGGACCCUAGGAGUAUGGGAGGAAGGCCAGGCCCAGGAGGACCAGUUAGACAUCCUUCCCCAGCUGUUGGCCCGGGAGCUCCAGGAGGUGGCGCUGGCAUCUCUGCACAAGAUCAGGAAAAGGCUGCCCUUAUUAUGCAAGUACUACAGUUGUCAGACCAGCAGAUUGCAAUGCUGCCGCCAGAGCAGAGAGAGAGUAUAAUGAUCUUAAAACAGCAAAUAGCUCGGAGCGGGACUGGGGGAGGCCCUCCCAUGUAGCACAUAGCACAAAGAGAUGUAAACUGAUAUUGACUAUACUGUAGAUUACGUAUGUAAUAGUUCAAAUCUCUUGAUAUUCAGUUCUGUAGAUAGUGGGAAACCGCCUCCCAAAUGUUAAGUAUUGUAAUUUGUAAUAAAAAACAUGACACCAGCUUGACUUUAAU